CCCUAGACUGGAGUCCCGGGUGUCAGCACGUUCUCCAAGUGCGCCAGCCUCCCUGAACCCGGGAGAGGAGCCCUCGGCUUGGGCCAGCUCCGCACCUGAGCGAGCCCCCACCCAACGGCCUGGCCUCGGCCUCCGCAGGGCCUUUCCCAACUACCUUUGAAAGGAGAGAGUGUGCCCAGAACAGCCCAGAAACUGAGAGUGAAAAUGCACCUAGAAACUGAAGCCGGGCUUUCGGCUGUAUCAGAGGGCAAUAAACCCAAGUCUGCCCCCAAAUCCUUGUGGAGAAGAGUGCCGGUGUGUGCCUCCCUAGCCGGGCUAGGCAUACUAGUGGCUUCUCUCAGAUUGUUCAGCAGUGUGGUUCGUUCAACAGCAGGUCUUACCAUGGCUGAAGGACACACUCUGUUGUCCGUGGAUUAUGAAAUCUUUGGGAAAGUCCAAGGUGUGUUUUUCCGAAAGUACACACAGGCUGAGGGUAAAAAGCUGGGACUUGUGGGCUGGGUCCAGAACACUGAUGAGGGCACGGUGAUAGGACAGAUCCAGGGUCCCACUGUCCAGGUUCGAGUCAUGCAGGAAUGGCUUAAGACGGAAGGAAGUCCUAAAUCCCGAAUUGACAGGGCAAAAUUCAACAAUGAAAGGAUCAUCCCGAAGCUGGAAUACAAAGAUUUCCAAAUUGUGAAAGAUUAGUAAUCAAAAGACAGUAUUUUUUCUAGUGUAAUAUGAAUAUAUGCUUAUUUGAAAUUGUCUUUAAUUUAUUAUUUUUGUCAGCUGUGUUGUUAAUAUUCAGAACUAUUUGUUACUGUUAAUAUUUAGGAUGGUCAUUAAGAUAUUAUUUAGAUAAUUUCAAAUAUUUCUUGAAUGUAAUAGGCGGACCACAUCAAAAGAUUGCAACUAUAAACAUGAACUUAAUAAUAAAGAAAAAAGACAAUUGGAAUCUCUAA